CUUCCGUCACUCGGUUGAUCCUGUGUUGUCCUUAUCCGAGCAGGCUACUGUACUCUAUACACUGUCAGUGCUCUACACACAGUCAGUACUCUGCAUACAGUCAGUUCUCGGAGGAGGUCUACUGUGCUCUAUACACAGUGAGUACUCUGCACACAGCUAGUACUUGGAGCAGGUCUACUGUACUAUGCACACAGUUAGUACUCGGAGGUAGUGUGCUGUAUUCUACACACAGUCAGUACUCGAAAUAACACUACUAUAUUCUACACAAAGUGAGUACUCGGAGCAGUUCUACUGUACUCUACACACAGUCAGUAACAUAUGGUUAAUUAUAUAUUUUGUGUGGUCUUGUAAAUUAUCAACAAUGUGACCUUAUAAUUAAUAUUUUGAUAUGUAAAUUUCUAUGGUUCAUUUUUUUUUUACAUUGAAUAGUCUCAUGAACUGUCUAUGUCAGUGGUUGACUAUGUCAUAAUUGUAUAAAAAAAGCGUAAUUAUUGGACUAAUAAUGUCAAAAUAUGAUUUAUAUAAAUAUAAUGUUUUAAAUAGCCUGCUAUAAUUGGACUAUCUCAUUGUCUAUUUCACCAAAUAGCCUUCCAUCAUUGGACUCUCUCACCGAAUAAUUCACCUAAUAGCCUACCAUAACUCAAUCAUAACUGGACUAUCUUACCGUCUAAUUCACCAAGUGGCCUGUCAUAACUGGACUAUCUCACCGUCUAAUCACCAAACGGCCUGUCAUAACUAGACAAUCUCACCGUCUAAUUCACCAAAUGGUCUGCCCUAUAACUGGACUAUCUCGCCGUCUAAUUCACCAAAUAGCCAGUCAUAAUUAGACUAUCUCGCUGUCAAAUUCACCAAAUAACCUUCCAUCAUUCGAUUCUGUCACCGAAUAAUUCACCUAAAAGCCUACCACAACUGGCCUAUCUCACCGUCUAAUUCAUAAAUGGUCUGCCAUAUAACUGGACUAUCUCACCGUCUAAUUCACCAAACGGCCUGCCAUAACUGAACUAUCUCACCAUCUAAUUCCCCAAAUGGUCUGCCAUUUAACUGGACUAUCUCACCGUCUAAUUCACCAAGUGGCCUGUCAUAACUGGACUAUCUUACAGUCUAAUUCACCAAAUUGCCUGCCAUAACUGGACUAAUUCACAGUCUAAUUCACCAAUUGCCUGCCAUAACUGGACUAUCUCACCGUCCAAUUCACCAAAUGGCCUGCCAUAACUGGACUAUCUCACCGUCCAAUUCACCAAGUGGCCUGCCAUAACUGGACUAUCUCACCGUCCAAUUCACCAAGUGGCCUGCCAUAACUGGCCUAUCUCACCGUCCAAUUCACCAAGUGGCCUGCCAUAACUGGACUAUCUCACCGUCCAUUUCACCAAGUGGCCUGCCAUAACUGGACUAUCUCACCGUCCAUUUCACCAAGUGGCCUGCCAUAACUGGACUAUCUCACCGUCUAAUUCACCAAGUGGCCUGCCAUAACUGGACUAUCUCACCAUUCAAUUCACCAAGUGGCCUGCCAUAACUGGCCUAUCUCACCGUCCAAUUCACCAAGUGGCCUGCCAUAACUGGCCUAUCUCACCGUCCAAUUCACCAAGGGACCUGCCAUAACUGGACUAUCUCACCGUCCAAUUCACCAAGUGGCCUGCCAUAACUGGACUAUCUCACCGUCUAAUUCACCAAGUGGCCUGCCAUAACUGGACUAUCUCACCGUCCAAUUCACCAAGUGGCCUGCCAUAACUGGACUAUCUCACCGUCCAUUUCACCAAGUGGCCUGCCAUAACUGGCCUAUCUCAUCGUCCAAUUCACCAAAUUGCCUGCCAUAACUGAACUAUCUCACCGUCUAAUUCACCAGAUAGCCAGUCAUAAUUAGACUAUCUCGCUGUCUAAUUCACCAAACAGCCUUCCAUCUUUGGACUCUCUCACCGAAUAAUUCACCUAAUAGCCUACCAUAACUGGACUAUCUCACCGUCUAAUUCACAAAGUGGCCUGUCAUAACUGGACUAUCUCACCGUCUAAUUCACCAAGUGGCCUGUCAUAACUAGACUAUCUCACCGUCUAAUUCACCAAGUGGCCUGCCAUAACUGGACUAACUUACCAUCUAAUUCACCAAAUUGCCUGCCAUAACUGGACUAUCUCACCGUCCAAUUCACCAAAUGGCCUGCCAUAACUGGACUAUCUCACCGUCCAAUUCACCAAAUGGCCUGGUGUGCGUUGGUCUCUGGCCAUUAUUGAACUUUGCCUGCCAUUGAUCGGCGUCCUCUUAACUCGUAGCAACAGUUGGGAGAUAGUUUCAACAUCAAGUCCGAUACAGUUUUAAAAAAGAGCAUUCUUGCUUCUUUUCUCUUUAAUAAAGUUAUAAGUUCAAGCCUUGUUCAUAGAUUAACAGAAUUUAUUGGAAAGAGCAUAAAGUGUGAAUAUUCUUUUCAACUUUUUACGCCAUUUCAUUUUUGCACCCCCAUCCCAACUUGUAUUGUCGUUUUGACAGCCUGGACAUUGGAAGUUUACACAUUGAGAUGAUGAAUUCAUUUAAAGAUGGCGCUACUCCACGGGAUGAUACUUUCUUGCUCACCGAACAGGACGCGAUUACCCUCUUAAACCCUCACACGAAAUAAAAAUGGAUUUAAACAAUAAGAUUAAGAAAUUUUUUAAUUAUAAUCUUUUUUAACAAUGUUGAAUUUGUUGGGAAUGGCUAUUUUUACAAUUUGCAAUAACUCCACAUUUGAGGCCUGUCCGUGACAAUUUCAAGGAAUAAGAUGACCCAAAGUGAGACAUGGGGGUUGGGGUUGCCGGAGGCGGUGUUCAUGAGGAAUUGCCUGAUGCCUUAAAGUUAGAGAACUAUAGAUUUAAUUAUGUGACGUGAUCGGUUUGAUAAUCUCCCUUUAAUGUGCCUCACGCAGAAUAUAUUCCAAUUAGUUGUAAAGAUAGUGUCCCAUGCUGUGUGUCUGACGCCUCUACGCGUGUCUGUAUGAACGUUUCAAACACCAUCAUGAAAUUAGCUGCGGCACCCAUCAAUCAGGAAUCGCCAGAAAGAAAUGUCGGAACAAGGUCUGUUGAAGCUUGGCAUGAAAUGACGGGACAAGGUCUGUUGAAGCUUGGAAUGAAAUGACGGGACAAGGUCUGUUGAAGCUUGGAAUGAAAUGACGGGACAAGGUCUGUUGAAGCUUGGCAUGAAAUGACGGGACAAUGAAAGGAGAACGUUUUGGCCGAAAGCCUUCUUCAUAAGACAAGGCAAAUCAAGACACAACUAUAGCGUGUCCAGUCUUUGUCAAGUCAGGCUUCACAAUUUAACAUUGUGCCACUAUUUUCGUCCAACGGCUUAAAUGCAGUCCUUCAUUUAAUAUCACCAGACCUAGGCUUUUUUUUUCCUCCACUAUGUUUGACGACACAUUCGUAAUUUAUCGAAGAGAAGGCUGUUAAUAUCUACUAGAGGCAGUAACGCUUGUAAUCGGGAUACUCUGAGUUACAAUUUAAGCAUCUAUUAGAUGCAGUAACGCUAUUACUAGAGAUACUCUGAGUUAGAAUGUAAACAUCCAUAAGAGGCAAUAAAGCUAUAAUUAGUCGAGAUACACAAGAGUUAGAAUGUAAACAUCCAUUAGAGGCAAUAAAGCUAUAAUUAGUCGAGAUACACAAGAGUUAGAAUGUAAACAUCCAUUAGAGGCAAUAAAGCUAUAAUUAGUCGAGAUAUACAAGAGUUAGAAUGUAAAUAUCCUUUUAGGGCAGUAAUGCUGUUACUGGAGAUAUUCUGCGUGCAGCAUAAUUUGACUAGAAUGAAACUUAAGACCUCGCGUCACGUGAUCCAGGGAUUACUUAUUGAGCUCAGGCAACUGAACGUAAGACUGGAGACCGGGGAAGAAACUGAGAUAUUUGCUUUACGUGUGUUGUGAUCUUUAUUGAGUGUUUGUGUGUAUAUUCAUAAGGUGAACACAACUCUGCGUUUGUAAGAUUGACAAAUAACUGUGUUUGUAAGGAAAUUAGUAAAGCGACCAAACGACUGUUUGUUAGUUGACCACAACACAGUGUUUGUAAGGUGACUCACGCAAACCGUGUUUGUAAGGCAACUACGCGACUGUGUUUGUAGGUUGACCCACAACUGUGUUUGUAGGUUGACCCACAACUGUGUUUGUAGGUUGACCCACAACUGUGUUUGUAGGUUGACCAUCUCUACACAGUCUGUUCAUAGAUAAACAACCGUGUUUGUAGGCCGAUAACUUAUAGAACUAUGUCUCAGAACGAAAUAGCACCAUCUCUUUCCCUUGUCUGCCGCAAGAUAAAGGCCUAUCAUUUUAGUCCAGAUCAUUUGGUUAGGCUGCAAGAUAAAGCCUUGAGUCCAACACAGUAUUCUCUUACCAAGUGUCAGCAAGUGUAAUAUUUAGUAGGAUGAGUAUAUACCAUGUCACAAGUGUACUAUAGUAGCUUUGUACUUUGACCUACAUGGAUUAGCGCGGCUCGCACGACCGCUUGCUGUUAUGCAUAGUGUUACAGUUAUCGAAACAAACAAAUGGUUCUCCGUUUUUUUCAUAUCUAUCUUUCUGUUAUUAUUUUAAAAAAAUCACGUGAUUUGUAAGUCAAGAUAGCGCGCUUAAUUUUCGUAAGGAAACAACAACUAGCUAUGUUGCUAAGGGAGGGGGGGGGCACGCAAGGGAUAAUUCACAUGGGGCGCCAACAUCCGGGUAGCGCCACAUUAACUUUAUAUAUGACCGUGUUAGUGAAUGAUACGAUAAAAUUCCACGUACUUCAAGAAGACGAGGUGCGCCAAAAUCUUCUUGUUACUGGUAUGACCCCAGCAGCAAUUUUCCCCCCUUCUAUAUUGAUGGGCGCCAAUUUGGUUUUGCUCCAGGCGCCGUUUUCCCAACAACGGCCCUGGUUUUAGUUGUAAUUUGCAAAAUAUGCGCACAUAAUCAUAGUUGUAAAUUGCAAGAUAAACUUAUUCAAAUGCACGUGCAUGUUGCCAGGUAUAAAUAAGUUAACUCAAUCACAGUUGAUUGUUGCCAGAUAUGCAGCCGCAAAUACAGUCAGUGGCGUAGAGAGGGUGGGCGGAUGGGUAAGGGAGUCCCCCCCUCCUACGGAGUGGCUGCACUUAUGGCCAAUAGCAGAGUUAAGUGAGUUGGGGGAGGGGGAAGUCCCUAACCCCAGUGUACGCCACUGAUUUCAAUUGCAUCUUGUCAGUGAAAAGACGCAAUUUUAUUUGUAUAGCAGGUAAGCACAAUUAAUAUGCUUUGUCGUGCCACCAGACUAUGACACACUUAACUACUGUGUCGUGCCUACAGACUAUGACACACUUAUCUACUGUGUCGUGCCUCCAGGCUAUGGCACACUUAACUACUGUGUCGGGCCUCCAGGCUAUGACACACUUAACUACUGUGUUGUGCCUCCAGACCAUGGCACACUUAACAUGCUGUGUCAUGCCCCCAGACUAUGACACACUUAACAUGCUGUGUCGUGCCUCCAGACUAUGACACAUUUUAUUUUUUUUUUUUUUGAAAUCCUAACUAAUACUAAAAUCGUCCAUUUUCAGGUAUCAGUAUGUCAACCGCGCUUAGAAAAAAUGCGGUUCAAAGGUCAUCACCGUCACAGCACCCGAGAUCGUCCAAGUCCGACACGUCACAGCCGGGGGAGAGGAAGGUCAUCAUCACCAACGGCAUCUUGACCGCCGCCGGCCUGGCUCUGACCUUCUACGUCCUCUACUAUAUCACCCCCAUCCCCGUGCCGCCCCUGCCCGGCCUGCUCGACCGGCUCGUCUUCACGCUGCGGCUCCAGAGCUUCUCGUGUCUGACCCUGAUCGGUGGCAUCCAGUACGUGGCGCUGACCAGGUUCUCCACGACGGCCAUCGACCCGAUCAACGGGCAAGGCGAGCAUCACGUGGCCGUGGGCGUCAGGUACCUGACCAACACGGUCGAGCAGCUGGUCGUGAGCUCCGCCGGGCAGCUCAUACUGACCACGUACCUGGAGGAGGGCCAGAUGAGGGUCAUCCCGAUCCUGGUGCUGUUCUUCGUGUUCGGUCGCCUUGCGUUUUUCUUCGGCUACAGGGCCUCGUACUUGAAGAGAACCGCGGGCUUCGUGGCGACCUUCGCUGCGAGCGUGGUGGUCUGGGUCGUCGUCAUGUUCAAGGUCAUCACAAGUCUGCUACAGUAAACCAACAUUCUUAUAGACGUAUCUUCCACAAAACGUAUUGCCCAUUUCAAUAUUUAAAUUGUUUAUAUUUGCUGAUGAAUAAAAAAAAAAUGUAUUGAGUGUUAAUUAAAAUGUAAUAGUUAAAUACU